AUGUCUUAUCUAGUCUGCGGAAUGGUUGAAUAUCUUAUGGAACAGAGGAAAGAAGUGGAAGCAGACCUCAAGGCAAUAGGCUACGAGGUUGGAGUAAAGCUCCUUGAAAUAUGCAACUUUGAGAGAGAAGUCCACAUACCAACACUCCUUUACAGAAUCACCUUUGAUUUUCUUUCCUUGGCCAGUGACAGUGACAAGAGGAUUGAAAAAGCCAAGGAUAUUGAUAAGACUUACCUCCUUACAGACACCGAUGGAAUCUUCUCGAAGUUCAUGUCUGUUCCAAAUGAAUGGGAUGGUUUUUCUGCAGACUCGAUUGUAUGCGGAAUGAUACAAGCAGCCCUGAUGGCUUCUGGAUACAACUCUGAAGUUGUAGCAUAUCCAAAGCCUUCGGAGAGUUUUCCAAAUAGAAUCAUUUUCCAGAUAAAAAUAUUGGAUCCACAACUUUAA